GUAUCCAACAUGGCGGCAGAGCCGAGGACUAUGAUGCAAAGCCAGCAGAGCUGGACAGAUGACGUACCUCUGUGUCAGAUGUGUGGGGUUGGAGCGGCACCAAACUUUGUUUACAGCCCCGAUGGUAAAGGAAGUCAGAGCCGCCCCAUUGAAGAUAGACAUCUCAGACUGAGAGGUGAAGAUGGCUGUUUCCUUUAUGGGGUUUUUAACGGUUAUGAUGGCAGCAAAGUGGCGGACUUCGCAGCCCAGUGUCUGACUGCUGAGCUCCUGCUGGGGCAGCUCAACUCCAGUCACUCAGACAACGACGUCCGACGGAUCCUCAUUCAGGCCUUUGAUGUGGUGGAGAAGAGUUACUUUAAUACAAUAGAUGAUGCUUUGGCUAAGAAAGCUCAUCUGUCCAACUACCUCAUGCCGCACAAUGAGAGCCAGAAGGUCCAGGAGCGCCUGAAGGAGUUGGAGCAGGAGGUGUCAGGAGGCGCUACAGCUGUGGUGGCACUGAUUCUCAACAAUAAGCUCUACGUCGCCAAUGUCGGUACAAACAGAGUUCUGCUUUGUAAGUCCAGCAGCGACGGCCAAAACCAGGUUCUUCAGAUCGGGCGGCCACAUAGUACCGACAACGAGGAUGAGCUACAAAGACUUGCUGCCCUCGGUGUGGAUGCAGCUCGGAUACGACAAGCGGGACAAAUAACUGGACAGACCAGCACCAGGAGGCUGGGAGACUACAAAGUAAAGAUAAACUACAAUGAAAUAGAUCUGCUAAGUGCGGCCAAGGCGAAGCCCAUCAUCGCUGAGCCAGAGAUCCAUGGCAGCCACCCUUUGGACGGUGUGACAGGAUUCUUGCUGUUGAUGUCAGAGGGCCUAAUAAAUGCCCUUGAGUCUGCCCACGGUCCAGAACAGGUCAAUCAGGAAAUUGUGGCCAUGGUAGCAGCAGAACUGGCCCAGCAGACCAAUUUGGAGACAGUGGCUCAGUCUGUGGUGGAUCGGGUCAAGAGGCUUCACCACGACGUCUUCGUGUCCGGGCGCCAGAGGGCGACCUACUGCUCUCAACACGAGGACAUGACCCUGCUCAUUCGCACCAUCAAUUACCCGCUGGCGGAUUCAGCGCUUACUCCCACGCAAGGUGGUCGUAUCUAUCCAGUUUCAGUACCAUACUCUAACAGCCAGAGCACCAGUAAAACCAGUGUGACCCUCUCUCUGGUUAUGCCUUCUCAAAGCACUCUGACCAAUGGGACCAACACGGCUUCCACCCUGGAAGAAAACACCCCCACACCAGGCAGCCAGAGCCCCUCAGCCACACUGCAGUCCACCAACACCCAGACACACAGCUCCAGCUCCAGCUCAGGGGACGGAAGCCUCUUUCGUCAGAGAGGGAGCCAAGCAGUGCAGCCUGAUGAGACUGGUAGGGUCCCACCCUAUGUGGACUUCACUCAGUUUUACCGACUGUGGGGAGCGGACAACAACGACGGUCAGAUCUCGCAGGGAGGCCUUGGACCCCAGUGAGGAGGAAGGUCUGAAGGCUCUGCCGUUAUGAAACAUGUGAAAUAAUGAACAAAAUACUAUUAUGUACUGCUAAAAAAAAAAAAAAAGAGGGUUUUGUGACCAUAACUUGGAAGAGACUGGACUGUCUGAUUUAUUGAGAUGAAACUGUGAGGAAGUGGUGUUGCACCACACCCAUUUUUGUGGUUUAUUUUCCAAACACAACCAUAGUGAUUCAGGAGUAAUCCAGAUUGUUGAUGUUAAUGUUGAAUGGGAAUCCAGGACCUGGAUGAAAAUGUCCUUCAAGGCCUUAAACUGAAAUGAAUGAAUGCAUUUGAUAGCACUGUCAAAAUAUAUCCUAUCUUCAGAUGAUUUAA